AUCAUUGGAAAAGAGAAGGAGUCAUACAGGUAGCAAACUCACUCCACAACCGUUAUUUUUUUCUAAACAGUGUAGUUUGGAUCUGUGAUAGGGGUUUUCCUGCAGAGAUGGGAUUUGUAGUCUUUAUGAGACCGGAAGCAGGUCGGAGCGGCCCUCUCUGUUUCACUUGCAGCGUUCGCAGGAGCUCCAGCUGCAGCUCUGCGGGAUAAACUCCUCGCUGGUCCACCUCAGAGCUCUUCCCGCUCCCCGGGAUGUCCGCUGUCAGAGUUUUAACGAGCCAGCGGUUCCUCCGGCAGGUUGCCUCCAGACUCCCAGCCUCAAUGCGCCGACACUACAGCCUGGACGUGCCCGCUGCACUGCUCCGGACUCAAGGCUACUUGGGCGGCCGCUGGGUCUCUGCAGCUUCGGAGUUCCCGGUUCUGGACCCGGCCACCGGACAGGAGCUUACUCAGGUGUCGGACUGCGGUCCCGCAGAGGCCAAACAGGCGGUGGAUGCCGCCUAUGAGGCGUUUCAGUCCUGGAAACAGACCACAGCUAAGGAGAGGAGCGUCCUGCUAAGGAAGUGGUUCGACCUGCUGAUCUUGCAUAAAGAAGACCUCGCCAAACUGAUCACAUUUGAAUGUGGUAAACCCAUGCGGGAGUCUCUAGGAGAGAUGACCUACUCUGCCUCCUUCCUCGAGUGGUUUUCAGAGGAAGCUCGGAGAGUUUAUGGAGACAUUGUUCCACCUCCAGCUAAUGACAGAAGGAUCCUCCUCCUCAAACAGCCAGUAGGAGUCGCCUCCAUCAUCACACCGUGGAACUUCCCCAGCGCCAUGAUCACCAGGAAGGUUGGAGCUGCUCUGGCUGCCGGCUGCACGGUGGUGGUGAAGCCAGCUGAGGACACGCCGCUGUCCGCUCUUGCUCUAGCUAAGCUGGCGGAGCAGGCGGGGAUCCCUCCGGGCGUGGUCAAUGUGGUUCCUUGCUCCAGAGAGAAGACUCCAUCAGUCGGACAGGUUCUCUGCACCGACCCACUGGUGGCCAAAAUCUCCUUCACUGGAUCCACGGCUACCGGGAAGGUGUUGCUAAGAAUGGCUGCCGACACGGUGAAGAGGGUUUCAAUGGAGCUUGGUGGCAACGCCCCCUUCAUUGUGUUUGACAGCGCAGAUGUCGACAGUGCGGUGGGCGGAGCCAUGGUCUCAAAGUUCAGGAACUCUGGGCAGACCUGCGUAUGUUCCAACCGCUUCCUGGUCCAGAGCGGCAUCUACGACCGCUUUGUGGACAAGUUAGGACGAGCGAUGGACACUGAGCUCCGUUUGGGUCACGGAUCAGAUCCCAGCACUACACAAGGACCGCUGAUCAACACCAGAGCUGCAGAGAAGGUCCUCCAUCAGAUAUCGGAUGCUGUGUCACAGGGAGCCAAGGUUCUGAAAGGUGGGAACCGCCUGGAUGGGUCCUUCAUGGAGCCGACCCUGCUGACUGAUGUCACUGCAGACAUGUUGUGUACGAAAGAGGAGACAUUUGGACCGCUGGUUCCUGUCAUCAGGUUUGAGACAGAAGAAGAAGCUCUGGCUGUGGCUAACGCUGCAAACGUCGGACUGGCGGGUUACUUCUACUCGCAGGACGUGGGUCAGAUUUGGCGGGUGGCCGAGGCGUUGGAGGUGGGGAUGGUUGGGGUUAAUGAGGGCCUCCUAUCCACCCCUGAGGCCACCUUUGGUGGGGUCAAACAGUCCGGUUUGGGCCGAGAGGGUUCCAGGUAUGGCAUCGACGAGUACCUGGAGGUGAAGUACAUGUGCUACGGAGGACUCAAACCCUGAACUGGGACGGUGCUGUUCUGCUGGGACCAUAAAUGAGUCAAGAGAUGGUCGUAUGUUGACUGUGACAGUCUUUUAACUUUUGUGUUUUAGAGAUCAGAAGGACUGAAUGUUGCUAAUUAAAGUGAUAGAGGAAACAUCCUGUUGGGGGAUCAAAACAGUCAGAGAGGAUCGUUUUGACCUGGUUCUGUUUGGUGACUAGAUAUAGUGGUGAUAUUAACAUGUAAUCUGAUCUGCUGUCUCGUUUCCACCAAUUAGUGCGUAAUAAAUGCUGCCAUCUAGUGAUCAAGUUAGGGAAUGCAAUUACCCUGAACCCCAUCAGAUCACAGCAUCAUGAUCAUUUGGGUUAAUGACAUCAUUUCCUCUUCAGUAGCUUCCACAGCAGUGCUCUUUGUCCUAACCCUAAUGUCGUGCUUCCACUAUGGGGUUGCUGAGUGGAACCUUCUCCCACUGCAGCAGUUACAUCUCAUCUAGUCAUUACAGACUGCAUAGAAAUGUGGAACUGCCACAAAGGUUAAAGGCAUUACACCAGCAUGUUCUGUCACUUAAUGAGGGGAGAGCCCUCUGUUCCAGUCAUUAACUUGGAUUACAGCACUGUGAAACUGGAUUAUAAUCCCUUCAAAGUCAGAGGAUUUUUCCAACAUUCAGAUAUUUAUUUAAAAAAAAGCCAGAGAGACAUCCAAAUGGAGCAUAAACCAAAUGUUUCAUUAAAAUCUGUUAACCCCAACUCUGCUUUCUCACUCCAGAAAACUCCCGUCAAACGUUCCUGGUACUUGGAAUAGUACUGACUUCCUACCAGGGCUUUGUUUCGAGUACAUUUUGUUUUACACUGGUACAUGUAGUGGAAACACAGGGUGGUAAUAACGGGCCGCUGGUUUCUGCAAAAGGUUCCUCUCUUGGAGACCUGCCCAGAAUCUCUACAGAAACCUCUGAUGUCUCAGACUGGUCGCUUUAAACGUUGUUUUUUGUGUCAUUACUGACCAUAAGAAGCUUUUUACAUUUAUUCUGGAACCACAAAGCUCCAAACAUUCUCAUACAUCACAUCUUUGAAGCCAUUUGAUUGGACCCAAAUUUAGAAAUUCCUCCCCUGAUGCAUUUGGGCAACAAUGUGUAAACGAUAACACCGUAGUUUAAGUUACUGUUGACUUUAAUCUCAUAAAAAUGAUCCAUCCAUCCACUGUCUUCACUUCUGAUCUGAGAUCGGGUCGCAGGAGCAUCAGAGAACCCCCAGACAUCCGUCUCUUCAGCGACAUCCUCCAGCUCAUCCUGAGGCGUUCCCAGUCCAAUAGUUCCUUCAGCAAGUUCUGGGUCAUCCCUGGGAUCUCCUCCCAGUUCCUGGUAGACCUCUGAAGGGAGGCACCCAGAGGGCAUCCUGUUGGGGUAGGGGGGAUGUUUCAGAUGCUGAAGAUGAAAUGUUUAUCUGAACAAGUUUUUCUGAGGGUUUCCAGGCAGCUGCUUGAAAUCUGUGGGUUUGUUUGAUUAAACAUGUCCUAGAUGGGAUUUUAGUGUCAUUAAAACAUGUUUGUGAUCAGAUGGAAGUAAAACAUCCAUCAGUUUCUCUGAUUAUCCUGGAAAAUGUUGUUGUAGAUCCAAUAAUUCAGAUGUUUCUAUCUGUUUUUGUUUGAUCUAAAUUAAACUGAUGGGAAUAAAA